AUGUCUUCUGCAUAUGAUGCCGUGAAAGCAAAGUACGGGUACCGAGAGAUUUCCAUUGCAACAUGGCGAGAUCCUCGACAGAGCGUUCAUCCUGCGCGAGGUGGGCCCAGAGUUUCGCCGCCUGCUGUUUCCCCAGAAUCGGUCUCGAAACCUUUUAUUCCUUACAGAGUUAAAUACAGACCGCGUCCCCCUGAGCCAACCGAUGAUGAAGAAGAGGAGGAGGAGGAAGAGGAAGAGGAGGAUAGCAUUUCAGAGGACGCUGUUGAAGCUCCGAUAGACUCUCCUCAGGAACCAUCGGAAUCACAAGAAGUACCUGGAAGUCCAAGUCAAGAAGAUGUAGCCCAGCCUGUUGUUUCCACGCCAUCCGAUCCCGUUGACUCCGAGGAAGGCAAGCUUGAAUCUGCACCAGCCACGAAUAACUCAACAGACGACAGUGAGCAGAACGCAGAAGUAAGCCCUGGUGAUGAUGGUACAUCGGUAGAAUCUUCUGCAGACGCAUCAUCCGAGCCACAAGACCUUKCCCCUGGAACGGAAGAAACAGUGGAGACCUCACAGCCAGUUGAAGCCGUCAUUGAGGCUCCCAUUCCAGCUGCUGAAAGCGGUCCUCCAACAGAGUCCACUGAGCCACUCUCUCCGGAAUCAGCGCAAGAAGGUGAUCCGGCGAAAGUCAUGGAUAUCGAACCGAAAGAAGUUGCCAACGAAACUACCGAUCAAAUGCCUUCAGCAAACGAGACAUCAUCGCCAGAAAGCACAGGUGCUGAAGAGGAGCAUUUCGAAAAAGAGUCCGUUGCAGAAGAGGCAGAGCAUGUAUCCCCCACGGAAGACUCAUCCCCAGAAAUCCCACCACCAGCUCCCGAGCCGCCAGGCAGUCCAGAAGAUACUGCUUCGAUCGACGAAGGUGGUGAAAAGAAAGCCCGUUUUGCGCCAGAUACCCCUGAGCCUAAAGUCACGCAACGCAAAAAGAAGACUGGGAAGAGCUUGAAGAGUAAGAAGAGUCGUAGGCAUCAUCACCCUUCAACCGAUAAUCAGGAGUCCCCGGACGAUAUUGUUGCGAUUAUUGAGGGGCCUUUUGAUGAGCCUGCUCCAGCAGCAGUAGCAGCAGCAGAUGAAGUUGCCCCGGUGGCACACGAAGACGAGGGAAAGAAUGCUGCGGCUGUAGAGGUCGCAUCUGAGGAAGAACAAGUCAAAGCUGAGGAUGGCAAAUCUGAGGAUGUCAAARCCGAGGAACCUUCCCCAAGCUCUGCUCCGGAGGUUGAGGCUGAAUUUACAGCACCACCUGAACCAGUCACUGAACCGACCAAAGCAAGUUCUACGAAAGGCGACAAGUCAAGCAAGAAAAAAGGCAAAGACAAGAGCAAAAAGAAGAGUUCCAAAAGCAAGAUCAAAGUCGUUGAAGAGCCACCAGUGAUUUCCGGUCUGGGAAUUGACUUUGGAGGUAGUCCGCCUGAUGAGACUCUGGUAGUCAACAAGUCUGAGCCUGACACUGCGGCGAGCCAAGAACCGGUCGUUGAUGAGGGCAGCAAAGUACAAGAUGAUCCACCAGCUGCCGCAGAGGAAKCUAAAGAUGUUGGUGAUGUCCAGGAUGCUCAACCUGAGGCGGAAGCUUCUCCCGUAAUCGUCGAAGUAGACACUGCUGCUGCUGAACCGGAGUCGCAGCCCAGCGCCCCCGCUGAAGAUAUGCCGACCUCACCGGAUGAUCUUGCUGGAAGUGAGCCUCCGCCACCUGUCGAUGCAGCUUCUGGAAUCGUCGAAGCUGGCGAUACAGAAAGUCCUCAACCCGAGGCCGUCGAAGCGUCUGCCCCGCUUGAGGUUGAAGCGGAUGCCGCCCCCAAAGAUUCGGCCAAUGAGGUGGUUUUUGAAACCUCACCGCCAGGUGAAAUUGAAAUUGUGACUGAGAGCGCAAUUUGCGACGAAGGAAAAGCAAACACAGUUGAAAGCCUUGACGAUGAAGGCAGCCCUAAAUUGCCCGAUAGCGCCAUCGAGCUUGACGACGAGACGACCCGGGAAGAUGGAGCUGGUGAUGAUCCUGAGCCAGAGACUGGAGACAGCCAUCCUGGAAGCGUGGUCAGUGAGAUAGCAAGUGAAAGUUCAGAUGCCAUCGAGGAAGUGACAGCAUCGAAAGAAGAUGUUGGGGAAUCUCCAUCAUCAGCUCCAGAACCUGCUGCUGACGUGGACGAGCAGCCCGAAAGUCCGAUCGUUGAUGUGCAAACUGAAUCAAGUGAGCCUGGUGAAGAUGCACUGCCAGAGAUCGAUCACGCCGAGAGCGAAGAAUCAGUUUCGAGCCCAUCAGAACCUGGAAGUCCUCAGCCUGACGAAGUUGACGAAGGAGCUAAUGCUGGAGAAGUCGCUCUGGAGCGAACACCAAGUAUCGAGCAGAUUACCAAUGCCACGGAAGUCGGAGAUGAUACGGAAAGUGAGGAUGGAGAAAGUGCCUACUCUACACCACAUGAGGAUGUGGAGGUCGCUGUUGUCGAAGAUGCUGUUGAGCCGGCAGCGGUUGCGGAUGAUACCAAGGAUGAUGAAGCCGAGGUGGCCGACGAGGUGGCUAUUGCAGACGAGUCUACWACAUCGGACACAGGWGACUCACCUGACGAAAAAGCAGCUGAGCUGGAAUUGGAGGGUGAACCAACAUCAGUGGUAGAUGGUGAUACGGUUCCGGACCCUCUGAAUGCCGCCGACGAUACAGCUGAGGUACCAGUUGCCGCAGAAGAUACGACCAUCGCUGAUACAACGCCUACUGAGCAGUCUGAUCCCGACACCGAUAUCAUUGAGAAGGGAGAUGAAAUUGAAGCAGAAGUCGCUGUUGUCAUACCCACAGAAGAGUCUCCUCCCGAAGACGUGGCUCUAGUGGAAGAUGAGAGCAAAGAGCUGCCAUCUGCGAAUGGAAACGCCACACCAGAGGUCGUUCCAACGGAAUUGGAACCCGCUGCGGAAGUCAUAGUAGACGCUGAUGUGAAAGAAGCGGUUUCACCUGAAGAAGUCCCUGCUGAAGAGGAACCUGUCGUCGAAGCUUCUCUUGCUGGAACAGAGUCUGUUGAGGUUGCCGUGGAGCCCAAACAGGAGACGGUUGAGGAAGUGAAGCUUGAAGAUCCAGUCAACACUGACAUUAUCAGUGAAGAACCUGUCGUUGAGGAGCCGGCGGUGGCAGAAGUCAAAGAACAGCCUGCCACUGAAGAGUCCCCUGUGGCAGAGGUAAAAGAAGAGUCUGUCACUGCGGAGCCACUGGUUCAAGAGGUAAAAGAAGAGCCUCUAGCUGAGGAGCCACUGGUGCAAGAAGGCAGCGAACAACCUCCUGAGCCGGAAGCGGGAGUGGAAACAACCGAAGCUGCUCCUGAAUCAACGGAACCGAUUCCACAAGAGGUCAACGAACCACCUCCAGAGCCGAAAGCUGAAGUGGAGGAAACCGAAGCUCCUCCUGAAGUAACGGAACCCACUCCACAAGAAGAACCUGCGCCUGCUCCACCAGCAGAAGAAACCGUCGCAGCCGUUGAAGAGCCCGUGGAGCCCACUGCACCAACAACUAUUCCUACCUCAACCCCACCACCACCACAAGAGCCUUCAUCACCAAAAUUGAGCAAAGGCAGCGGCAGCAAGUCCAAAAGCGAACGCUACCAAUCCAGACCUUCAAAGAAACACACCAAAGAMUCCGAAAAGUCCAGAGACAAGAAAUCCAGCAAAGAUCGUCGCGAACGCACACCAGAAGAAUUAGCCGAGCGUCAACGAAGAAAAGACGCUCGUCGUCUCGCGGAGUCUUCUCGCAGACUUGAGGAAGAACGAAGGAGGUUCGAAGAGGAGGAAAUGAGGAGGAUUAGGCAUGAAGUCAGGAGAGCUGCAAGAAAGGCUGCUGCUGCGGAAUUGGAAAGAUUGGCGAGGGAAGAAGCUGAGGAUGUUGCUAGACGUGAGGCUGAGAGGCGGAGGAAGAGGAGAGUUAGUGAUGUCAGACCGAGGGAGAGAAGAGAUAGUGAUUUGCGAGCACCGCGAGAAAGGAGGGAGAGUAAGACAUCAGGCGGGUUCUUCGGAUUGGUUCGCGAGAAGAGUGAGACGAAGAAUGGGCCAUUUGUCAGGACUGAUAGCGGUCUGUCUGCCCGCGCAAGAACUUCAAGAGAUGGGGAUGGUGCGCGCGUGAGGCGAGGGUCGCCGCCGCAAGAAGACACUGUUGAGGAGGUUCUUCACAAGGACGAUCCCAAGAGUACCUCCCAUGAUGGUUCGUCCAGGAGGAGGAAACAUCGACGUCGGACCGAGAGUGAUCGAGCGGAGCCACGGAAGCGGGAUUCCGGGGAGCGAAGAGAUGGAGAACGGAGAGAUGGGGAGCGAAGACGCUCGUCCAAACCAGAGAAGCCCAAGGGAUUCUUUGGCUCGCUUUUUGCGAAAUUCUAG